CUGACUGCACAAGUCAAAGAUCAGGGGGCUGUGGAGACACUGUGAACAUCUCUCUUAAAGCUUUCAACAUCAUGAUGAAGUUUGUCUUCCUCAGCAUUCUUUCAACCCUACUUGGUACUUUUGCCUAUAACCCAGACCACAUAGCUGGUCCCACUCCCCCAUACUUGGUCUACCUGAAGUCUGAUUACUUGCCAUGCACUGGAGUCCUGAUCCAUCCUCUUUGGGUGAUCACAGCUGCACACUGCAAUUUACCGAAGCUUCGGGUGAUUCUUGGGGUCACAAACCCGGCAGAUAUUACUGAAAAGCAUGUGGAAGUGACCAGCUCUGAGAAAAUAAUCCAUCAUCCAUACUUCUCAAUCUCUUCUAUUUCGUAUGACCUCAUGUUAAUCAAACUGAAAAGAAGAAUUAGACCCAGUAACUACAUAAAAAUGGCUGAACUGCCUCAACACGUUAUCCCUGUGAAUACCAUGUGCUCUGUCUCCACCUGGGCCUACAAUCUAUGUGACACCACCAAGGACCCUGACUCACUGCAGACUGUGAACAUCUCUGUAAUCUCUAAGGCUGAAUGUCGUUCUGCCUAUAAAGCCUAUGAAAUCAAAGAAAACAUGAUCUGUGUGGGCAUCGUGCCAGGACGAAGGCUACCCUGCAAGGAAGUGUCGGCUGCCCCAGCAGUCUGCAACGGUGUGCUUUAUGGAAUCCUGUCUUAUGCAGACGGCUGUGUUCUGAGAGCUGAUGUUGGCAUCUAUGCUAGCAUCUACUACAUGCCCUGGAUUGAAGAAACCAUAAAAAAUAACUGAGCUCCCACAACAGGAAGAAUUCAGAACCAUGAAACAAAACUUGUGCCACAUUCCACCUCACAAUUAAAACAAAUGGGCUCCUUGGAGUGUGAUAGGCA